AUGAGACGCAUCGUGAGGCUCAUGCUCAACUGGAUCCUUCCGUUUUUGCUGUUUCGUCUCACCCAGGUGGAUAGCAAGGGAUUGAUUGAAAAGGUAACCUCUCAGGGAGACCUAGAUUUAGUAAUACUAUUCGAUGCCGGUUUUAAGGAGAACAAGGAAAAGAAGCGUUCUAAGGCUUUGGAAAAUAUUGCUGAGCUGGCGAAGAACCUGCUAGUGGAAGGGGUGAGCAAGGUGAAUCUAACAUAUGUGACAUAUGAUAGUGUGAGCGUGCAGACCAUGGCACGAGCAGAUAAUAGGAGUGCCAAGGGUAAAGCGUCAUUUUCGUCAUUCUCCUCUUCCAGACUCACAAAUGGUUCGGUGGAAGGGUUUCGCCAGGUCGUGAUGCAGACUGAGAUGCGGCAAUCAAAGCACAACUCGAACCAUCUGAAGGCUUUAAACUACGUGGGCAUAAAACACUUCUACGACGCAGAUGACAGUUCUACUAAAAUGAUAAUAAUGUUUAUUAAUACAGAUGGAAUACCAACAAGAGACGACACAGAAUUAAAUAUAGUGCACUACCUAUUGGAUAGAAAAAAUAUUACCCUAAACAUUAUAACGAAGGUAAAUCUCAAAUCGUAUUGUCAUUACUUACAUAAGGUUGGACCCAACACAAACGAGUUGCUAAGGUGUGUGUUAAAAAAUUCUUUUUACCACAAGUUGAUAUUAACAUACACAUUAGACAAAUUAUACGAUGACAUUGCGACGAAUGCAAAGUGUAGUGAUUGGUCUGAGUGGUCUGAAUGCACCGUGACAUGCAACGUGGGUUACCACUUCAGCAAAAGGAAUACUCUACACAACGUGGAAAAUCCUGUAGGGGGAAAAUACAAAAGGACAGGAAAGAAUUGCACAGAUCAAAGGAGUCUUGUAAUACAGGAAUGUUUUGAAACCAGUUGUGAUAACUCCCUCGACGUUUGUGAUAUAGAGGUUGAUCUGUCUCUGCUAGUAAAUGACUCUUCUAACAUGUCACAAGACUUUUGGCUGAAAUAUGUGUUGAAGCCCAUAAGGAAUCUCAUUGCUCAUUUAAAUUUAAGUUCAAAAUUGGUUAAUGUAUCUCUCACUACCUUUUCUGAAGAAACAUACAACUGGGUUAAUUUUUCUUCCAACUUAUCUCGGAACAGAAAUGAACUUCUCCUGUUCCUAGAGCAUUGGAGGUUUAAUUUUGGUGGCCCAACGAAUAAUUUGACCAGUGCUUUAAAUUAUAUGCAUCACCAUGUGCUUAAUAGUAAUGAGGGAAGACCCAAUGCCCACAAGGUCCUUGUCAUUUUUAACACAGGAGAUGUCACAAAUAAGGUUGCCAAGGGGGCAGAGGAAAUCGUUCGUAAUAUUAAGUUGAUAUAUGCGGCUGAUGUGUAUACCAUUUGCUUGAAGAACAAUAAGGAGAGUAAUUGUGAAGCGAUCAGCGGGGCCACCGUACGCGAGGGAGAAGAGGAUAAAGAGCGUGAUGCCAAUCAUGAUGAAGCCACUAACUCCUCCUCUCUGCACGACGCCCCCUUCUUCUACUCCUACAGCAACGUGUCUGAAUUCAGGGAGCAGCUCAGCGACAUACAAAAGAACAUUUGCAAAAAUGCGCACCAGGCUAUUGUUGCGGCCAGGCGCCGAAGGAGAAAAAAUCUGCGGCGGGCGGACAAAUCCGGGGAGGCUAGCGGACGGCAGGGGCGCAGAACCACGCAGGAAGGAGCGAAGCUCACCGAGAGGGAAGCACAUCGGGCAGAGACGAAAUCGGCAGAUGAGGCGAUAGAGCAUGCCGAGGAGGUAGAACCGGAACCAGAAAUGAAGCUCGAUGCAGUACCAGGCGAAACCCCAAGUGAGGCCGCAAAAAUAGCACAGAAGUUGCACGGAGCCAAGCCGGUCCACAUAAGACCCCCCUACUAUCUCACUAGCGCAGGAAGCCUAAAAGGUUUGAAAAAAAACGCAGCCAUUCUAAAAUCAUUUACCAACUUGGAUCGAAUAGAUGAUGUAGAAGAAGAGGCAGAAGAGGAGGAGAAGGAGCAGCAGCAGGUAGAUGUAGUAGAACCCAUUCAGAACCCAUUAAAGAAAUACUCCUCAGUGUACAACAUAGAUGCAUUGCCAUCAUACAAAAAUAAAGGAAAAAAAAAUUUAAUAUGUAAACUAUUGAAAUUUUUGUUUAGAAAAAAAAAAGAAUAUAAACUGAAAAAAAUGGAUCCCAAGGAUAAGGAAAAGAUAAAGCAGUUCAUAGAAGAAGCAAAAGGGUUAAUCGAUUCUGAAGGAACAUAUCACCACAGAGAGGCACAGAUAGAGGACGGUUUUAAGGUCAUGUUAGACAACAUAUUUAAACAUAUACACAAUCCACCUGCCGGUGAUUUCGAAUUUGAUUCUGCAAGUGUGUCUAGUUACGGCUCAUACAUGGAGGAGGGAGAAGAGUUAGGGUUGGAGAAUACUUUACCCUGCAGUUGGUUCUACAUAGAUGCAGCACAGAUGAAUGUGGACCACAUGGAUGGGCUGACUGAUGCGGAUACUGUUGCUGGCUCCAACACUGACAUGGAGGACGAUUCUGAUGAGGAGGCCACUUCUACCAAAACGGGAAGGGCCAUCGACGAUGACGUCUCCAUAACAGACAUAUUGGUGAAGGAAGGAGGGUUUGCUACGAGCGAAAAUGGAAAUUUGAAAAGGAGGAAAAGGUCUGUCGAUCAGGAAGAGGGACAAACGACACACAACAAAGAAAAUCAUGGUGCGAAAAAUGAAGGUCCAGGUGGGAGUGUAGAGGGUAAGGGGGAUGAAGCAGUUCUGCCUAGCAGUCGUGAGCGGGAGAAAAAGGGUGAACAUGAUGAUAGGAUGGAGGGAGGAAAAGGGGUAGAUACUGUUACUACCCCCACCACCACAUCGUCCACGCAACAAAGUCUGCCGCCCGACGGAAGAAAGCCACCGACCCAGAAAAAAUUCAAAUCCAAGUUUGACAUUAUUCAGAGGUUCAAAAAUAUGGCUGCCGUGAGGGACGACACAACAGGAAUCAGCUUCGAUGAACAACCCAAGUAUCCUGUCCCCCCAGCAAGCAACGAAGGGAAAGGAAAAAUGAGCCAUCUGGAAGAAAAUACAGAAGGGAAGAAGGAUGACCAUGAUGACCCAUCUGCACACAUCCCUAACACUUCCCAACGGAUGAAGUCUUCUACAGAGUCUAAUAAAGCAUGUGAUGAAGGAGGGGUAGUCCCUCCACUUACCCCCUCCAUGAAUUAUAAAAAGACAGAAAAAAAUGAAGCAACUAAUGGAGGAGGAAACAAAUCAAAUGCACACGUCACAGUAGACGAUAAUAACCCUGGGAUGAUAAAAGAUAAAACAAACGAAACAUUAAGUGGUACGAAAAACGAGACACAUGCACAUGACCCGAAUGACCAGGUGCCGUAUGAUCUCCUUCAACAUAAGGAUUUCACCAGUGAGUGGGACAUAGGAAACUACGACGCCAUUGAGGAAGAAGAUCGGGCGGACUCGAGUAUAUACAAAUACUCAGCUUCGUUUGCUCUAAUCGCUGUUGUCCUUCUAGGCGCCGCCUUUCUGUAUAUACGCAGCCAGAAGAAUCUUAUGGAGCCUGUCCCUGUUACCUUUAACGACUUUGUAACCCACAAUGGGAAGAAGAAGGUGGAGUGUCGGGAGCAACAUGUUGAAUUGAAGCCAGAUGAGACGUCUUGGCAGUAG